ACGUGUCGCCUGCGGAGAAAGAAAUGCGACGAACAGCGAGAGGACAACUCAUGUUCAACUUGUAAACGAUUGAGAAUAGAUUGUUUGGGAUGGGGCACGAGGCGUCCAGAAUGGAUGCGCGACAAGAAAGCUGUGAACGAUUACAAGGCUAGUAUCAAAUCUCAGCUAACACACGCUGGCCUCAUCCGCGGCCAGCCCGAAUUGUGGAGAGUGCCGCAAGUUGGUGCAGUGGCACCAGCUGGGCAAACGGUGCUUAGUCAGUGCCCGCGCUGUAGGGAAAUUGUCCCACCCGGCGUUGAUUUCGCUACUCAUUUCAUUGGAUGUGGAGCAGAGGAGCUCUUCACCAAGGCCCACACACCCUUUCAUUAUCCCUCCCGGCCGAAGCACACGGGAGGUCAGCUUGAGUCAUCCUCUAUGUCAGCUUCUUCAUCACCUGCGUUCGCUUCGCAACAAUUUCAGGGAUCUACAAGUGGUUCAAGGUCUCUUCAAAUCAACGAUUUCGAGAUGCCGAUGCUCGUCGAUUCAUUGGGUGACGCAACUGCGAUGCCCGUGUUUGGUAGGUUUUUGUGA